AUAUUUCCACUAACACAAUUUGGACCUCAAAAUAGAAGUUUUAAUGCUAAACACUAUAGUGAAUUUGAAUGGUUAGAAUAUAGUAUAUCUCGUGAUGCUAUUUUUUGUUUUAAUUGCAUUCAUUUUGCAAAGAAUUUAAAAAGUGACAUUUUAAUUACAACUGGAUACAACAAUUGGAGAAAAAAUAGACAGUAUAUGAAAGUUCUUAUAAAUAUAACCCUCUUUUGUGCUAAACAGGGACUUGCUCUAAGAGGUCAUGAUGAAAAGUCAUCAACAGUUUCUAAUACUGGAAAUUUUAAAGAGCUUUGUACAUUAUUUGCGUUGAACGAUAAAGAGUUUUCAGAUUUUUUUAACAGAAAAAUUAACUAUACAAGUUGGAUUAUUCAAAAUAGUAUACUUGAAGUUUGUUCAAAUAUGACAUUAAAUACUAUAAUUAGCGAAAUAAAAGACUGUGGAAUGUACUUUAUUAUGUGUGAUGAAGCAAGAUUUUAUAAAAAAGAACAAUUAUCAAUAUGCAUUAGAUACAUUAUUCCUAACAGCUAUAGUGUAUGUGAACAAUUUAUUGGAUUUUUUGAUGUAUCAAAUGGGAGAGGAGCCGAACAUAUUUCUAUUGAAAUUUUCUCGGUUUUAAAAAAAUUUGGCAUUUCUGAUAUUCCUCUUGUGGCACAAACAUACGAUGGUGCAAACGUUAUGUCAGAAUCCACAUCUGGUGUUCAAACUUGAAUAAGAGACUCUUACCCUGAAGCAAUUUUCAUUCAUUGUAUGGCCCAUAAAUUGAAUUUGGUUGUAACAAAUACUUGUAGAACUAUUAAGGAAUCUAAUACCUUUUUUAAUACUCUAGAAGCAGUUUAUGUGCAUUUUUCACAGCCCAACAAAGAUAAGCUAUUACAAGAUUUACAGAAAUCCAUGCAAAUAAAAUCGUUAUCGAUUUCUAGAUUAUGUGAAACGCAGUGGUCGUGUCGUCUUAAAAAUUGUAAAGCAGUACAUAAUAAUUUUAGUGUAAUAGUAAAUAUUUUACAAAAUGAAAUAAAUGAAGAUAAGAACAAAGAAGUGGCUCAAGCAAUUGGUCUUCUGCACAUAUUAAAAAAAAUG